UUACGAAUAAGCAAGCAGCCUGUUAGCCUGGGUACCGUAUAAUACUUAAUUACUUAAUGGACGUAUGAUCAGCAUGAGAACGGCGAUCUGGACAGUACCUACAAUAUUAUGCAUUGGUAUGGUUUUCUCGCAACUACCACUGCAGAUCCACGCGAUUAUCCAGACGAAAACACUGAUGAUGAAUCCGAACCGGAAGGCGGGGAAUACCAGACUGAUCCACAUUCCGCCGAGCGAUUAUCGGAGCGAAGCACAUACAAUGUACAGCACGACGAUAUCAUGUAUGCCGAUUCCCACUCUGCCGUUUCAUUGCCCAGUGGCACGGAUGCGUUGAACGAAAGUUCCAGAAAUAUGGAAGCGAUUACAUAUUGGCCAAAUGGAAGAAUUCCGUACGAGAUCAGCUCCAUGUUUGAUGGAGCCAGUGAAUUCAUUAUCAGAGAAUCAAUGCAUCUAAUAGAGAAAGCAACAUUUGGAUGCAUUAGUUUCGUACCGAGAAACAACCAGUCCAACUUUGUCGACUUUCAACCGGGUGAAAACUGUUCAUCUUAUCUGGGAAUGCUUAACAGCAGCGACCACCGCGGACAACCACUUUAUCUGAACCAAGAUACGAAUUACAACUGCAUGAUACUGGGUAUUGUCCAGCAUGAAAUCCUCCACGCCCUCGGCAUGUAUCACGAGCACUGCCGACCGGAUCGCGAGGCCUUUGUGGAGAUUGUAGACGCCAACAUUGCCGCUGGCUAUCGAGAUAAUUUCAAAAUCAAGCGCAGCGCACCAACAUACAACGUCGAAUACGAUCUGGAAUCCAUAAUGCACUAUGGACCAUAUGAUUUCGCUGUGAAUCCCAGCAGUAAGGUCAUAAAGUUGAGAAGUGACGACGGUAAUCCACGUCCGACGCUGAUGAUGGGCCAGCGUUUACGUCUGAGUGUGCGCGACAUCGCCAAGCUGCGGACUGCCUACCGCUGCCAAGUGGAUGCCGGGGAUUACGCUGAUGGUACUCCACGCUUUCCUGACUUUCUGACGAGCAGCUUGAAGAAGGAGGAGUGCGAUAUGGAGUCAAACGAAGACUGCGGCAGUCCGAAGAAGCAGCGCUCGUGCUAUUGGUAUGGGAGACCUUACUUCACCAUAGCGUGCCAACCAGGCGUCGAUGUCGGCCGUUUGUGGCAUAUGGCUUCCCUGAUGGCGCGUACACCAUUGCGUGCCGUUCACAUUGCCCUUGCCGAAUCCGAUUUUACUGUCCAGCCAUUCGAGCCCAUUGCCCAGCAAGUGACGAGUGUCUGGCUGAUUAACUGUUCCACGCCGUACCCUGUAAGUCGACUGCGCUCGGUGGGUUUCGUAUACCUGGCCGAAUUCGGCUUGGAAAACUGCAGUAAUGUGGCCAUACAGAAGGAUGAUUUUCUGUAUUCCCGGAAACUUCGAGUCAUUAGCUUUCACGGAACCACGUUAACCUAUAUACAAAAAGGUACCUUUACCAAUUUGGCGCACUUACGGCUUAUCGUGUGGCACAACGGUGUGAACGCCACCAACCCCGCCUUCUACCGAAAGGUUACGUUUAAUCAAGAAAUGCAGGAUUUUCUGAAAUAUAUUCACUGCAGCUGCGAACUGGCAUGGUUGCGACAAUGGUGGAAGGAAAGCAAUUUAGUAAAAAAUCCAGAUGAUGUUGGUAACAUCAAAAUGCCACAUAACUGGUUUCAGGGAUGGCAUUUAUAUCGUAGUGAACUUUUUCUUCCUGUCGACUGCUUAGCCCAGCCAUUUCCUUCUAAUCUUGGUAUGAUUAAUAUGAGUCAGUGGGAGUUCUCUAUUAACGAGCCAUCCUGCGAUGGAUAUUCAGAAAGUAAGAACGACGGUCGCUCCUCACCGUCCAUUCUUAUCCCGCAGAUGGCCGCCAGUGCUGAGUUGCUUGACAGCCGCAAGCUGGCCGCCGAUGAGUGCCUGGCACAGUUCGGGGACAAAUGUCGUCCUGACGCGUGCUAUCAGUGCCAGGCGGAUAACAGUAUAUCGACUGUGGACUACUGUCAGCGCAGUAUGGCGAAUGACGAACGGAUUAGCGUUAUCCGAUGCACCGCUGAUGUGACGAGCCGCGAACUGCGGGAUAUGACCUUUUCCAUGGCUAAACAUCCAGUGAGAAGCACCGCGGUGGACGUGUUUGAUGGAGAUUAUUUGGUAUACCCGUCCUUCUCCGUCAUCCGCCGACGUGUUCGUAGUCUGCGCGUGACGCGAUGCGACACCGGCCGGACGACAGGUAAACUGCCAGGGCUGCAGUUUGACAUGCUGCUGUUGUUGGAGUUAACGGCAUGUCGAAGGCUGAUUAUCCAGAGAAAUGAUUUCCACGCGACGUAUAAAUUGGUCCUCUUUCAGCUGAUUAACUCCACACUGUCGUAUAUGGAUGCCGAAUCGUUUGCCGAUUUGCCGGCUCUACAACUGGCAACGCUGGACGCGGGACUAAGCCACAUGGAAAUGGAGUGGCCCAGCGAUAUGAAGCAGCAUCUUUGGCAGCUGCACUGCACUUGCGAAUACUUUUGGUUUCGCUCGUGGCGGACUUCGCGGGUUCUACCUAAACUUUACUUUCCUCCAGUAGCCAACACGUCAUUCACAACAGCAGACAUUAAUACCCAAAGUGUAAACGAACUCUGCAGCCGUCCUACUGGAACAAACGGACUGUCUCCUCUCGAGUCCAAUACGUUUGUGAAGAACUUGUUGAAGCACAGCGAAUUGUGUAAAAACCGGGAGAACCUUUUUGUUCCUGUCGACUGCAGUAAAGAACGACGUUUCAUUGGUACACUAUCAACUAACGGCACCCAGUUACGCUUUUCGAUCAACGAGCCCCAGUGCACAGGCAACGUAGAUUUAAGUGCGAAUGCAACAGUUGUUAAGCCAUCAAGAAACCCCAGCACCGUCAAGCCCCGUAAAGGGAACUUUCGCGCUCAAGUUGCACAAGAGAAAAGAUCGCAAAUCUCCACAACCAUCGUUAACGGUUUCGGAAAAACGGAAUUCCAGGAUGACCAGUGGUUAAACUCCACCGAUCCGGCUAAUGAAAGUGGUUUCCUGUCUGCAGACCGGUUUUGGCCAAACAAUACUGUACCUUUCAUUGUUAGCCAGUCAUUAGAUUGGCGGGACAACGGGAUAAUUGCAAAUUCCCUUCGCCAUAUCCAAAUCAAAACGAUGCAGUGUCUGCGCUUCGUCAAGAGAGAAUUCGAAAACGACUUCAUAAUAUUCGAGUCAACGACAGCGUCCACCGGCUGCCGGUCCGCUGUCGGGCGUCAAGGAGGCCCACAGGCGAUCACUUUAUCACCGGCAUGUCUGACGCGUGGCAUUAUCCAGCAUUUGGUACUCCAUGCUCUCGGAAUGUUCCACGAACAUCAACGCGAUGAUCGUGAGCAGUACGUGCAUUUCUACCCUAACCGCACAACGGGUAGUGAAGCCGCUGCGGCGGCAUUCCGCACAUUACCAGGGCUACGUAAAUACGGAGCGGGAUACGAUGUGGAAUCGAUUAUGCAUUUCGGACCUUUUGAUUUCGCGACGAGCCAGCAGCAGCCGGUGUUGGUGAUGAAAACUCACGGGAACAGUAAAAUGGGCCAACGGCGCACACUGAGCGUGGGAGAUGUGGCGAAACUCAGUGCCGCAUAUCACUGCAACAUCAACUCUACACGAGCAGAUUCCGAACCCUUUCCGGAAUUUAACAGGGACGUGUUCACCAGCGAACAGUGUGCCUUAUUCCGUGCGUUAUUACCGUGUUGGUCGAUACCUGAUCAAUUAUCGCACGAAGUCUGUGCGUCUCGCAAUUACCAUCAGAUCCUAUGUAACCGCACAAACCUGCCUAAAGCGGACGUUGAUCGGCUAGCGAGAACUAUUAGUAGAUCACUGCACUUAGUUUCCAUAAAAAUGCCGGAAGCGUUAACAUGCCACUCGGAAAAGUUUGCGCCCAUACGUCGGCAGGUGACGCAUCUCGUCCUGACUAAUUGUACGUCCAGACGAUCAACCAGAGAUGUAGCUGGUUUUCAGUUCAGUAACCUGCUGGAACUUUGGUUCGAGAGCUGUACCGAUCUCGUUGUCGAGAAAUCGGAUUUCACCGGAUUAAACCGACUAGAAGCUCUGAUUUUCCAUUUGACUACCGUGUUUUCCCUGGAUAUCAGAGCGCUGCACAAUCUGCCAUCUGUGGCAAGUAUCAGCCUGGAUUAUACAAGUAAUCAUGCAGAGAGGCUGCAGUUGUUCAAAAUCCAGGGAUAUGUGAAAUAUUUGGAACUCCUGAAUUGCAACUGCAGAUUUGCUGAUUUUCGCUCCUGGAGGCACAAUAACAAAACUAUCCAGCCCCGGUUUUACCAUCCAGAAAAGUAUCGCUGGCCCGGAAUGGCUGCCAAGCCGGCAUAUCCAGCGCUUGGGCAACUGUAUAUUCCUGUUGAUUGUAGCAAGAUGCCAUUCUCCUCCACUGGGGAUUUCGUCCAACAGCCACGUAAAGCAUAUUCAGCUAACGAGCCGAACUGCAACGUGUGACACGGUUGAAUCCCCGAAGCUGAAGUCUAAUUAAAAUCAGUCUAACUGAAAUCAUUCCAAUUGAAAUUCUUUUUAA